AUGCUCAAGGUCCUUAUAGCCGGUGGAAAUUGGCACGGUCUGCUAGAGGAUAAGCGCAAAAUGAUACGCGAGAAAACACUGUGGAGGGACCGAGAUGUCGCUACAAGGCCGAAAGUUACGAUUGGGCUUCCGCUUAUGCAUCGUGGGAUUGGACGGGGCCAGUGCAUUGAAAAGAAAGUGGUGCAUGAUUUCAUCCAUGGUGAUGGUCUGCCGCAAUACUGA